UCCCCUCAUUUUCCGCCACCAAAAUCGCUCUCACACACAAAACCAAACCCGUCUUUAAAACUCUCAUUUCUCUCCUCAUUCAAUUUCCAUAGCGUCGUUUCGCGCGCGCGGCUAUCGUGGUUGUCGUAUCUGUGUAUGGCCGUGAGAUUAUCAGUAUCAGGGCAUGAGGUAUCCGAUCUGUGUCUUGGAAAACCUUCGCUCCGGUCCAUUUCUAUCACCGACACCAUAGCCGACGCGCUUAGCGCCAUCAAAUUAUUCGGUCUUACUUAUUUGAGCGUCUGGAAUUGUCACCAUUCUCUCACCAAUAAAAAGCCGGUGGCAACCCUAGAGGAAGGGGAUUUGAAUUGUGAAUGUGUUGGAAGGGUUUGUAUGGUUGAUGUUAUCUGUUUUCUUUGUAAGCCGGAGAAUCUGUCUUCACCGGGUACAGCUCUUCAGUCUCCCGUUUCGGUACUCUUUGCCGGAGAUAAUUAUUCUCUCGUUCAACAUAUUCAACCCAAUGCCAGUUUAUUGGAGGCAAUAGACGCAAUGGACAAAGGGGUGCAGAAUGUGGUGAUACCAAUACCUGAAGAGAAGAGAUGGAAAAAAAAAGAGAAUCAAACUUUGGACUCUGAUAUUUUGCACAAUGACAAUCGCGCUUACUGUUGGCUUAGUCAAGAGGAUGUAAUGCGCUACCUCCUCAACUCAAUUAGGGUAUUUUCUCCUUCUCCAGCAACGGAUAGCAUCGCUACACUCGGUAUUAUAGACACUCAAAAUCUGUUUGUUCUUUACUACAAUGACCCUGCAUCCUCUGCUUUGGAGCUUCUCACUGCUGCAAUUGUACACCAAUCGUCCAUAGCUGUUGUUAACCCGCAGGGUAAGCUCAUCGGAGAGAUCUCACCGUUUAUGUUGAACUCUUUCGACGAAGCUGUUGCCCCUGCAUUAGCAACUCUAUCUGUUGGUGAUGUAUUGACUUACAUUGACUGCGGUGGUCCCCCGGAGGAUUUAGUUCAGCUAGUAAAAGAGAGACUCUAUGAGCAGAAUUAUGGCGCGGCCGUGGAGUUACUUGGGGAGGAAACAACACUUCCUUCUUGGUCAUCGUUUUCUUCAACAUCAUCGGAGGAAGAUACUUGCAAGAAUUGGAAACUCGGAGGAUAUUCUUCGAGGGUGGUAAGAAGAUCCGAAGCCAUUUUUUGUUACCCAUGGAGCUCUUUGGUUGCGGUUAUGAUUCAAGCACUCGCGCACCGAGUGAGUUAUGUUUGGGUUGUACAGGAAGAUGGAACUUUGACAGGGAUUGUUACUUUUCAAGGCAUGUUGAAAAUUUUUAGAGAACACUUAUAACAUAUCAUUCACAAUGUCGUCAUCAUCAACAAGUAAAUAACAGUUUCUGGUUGGCCAUCCAUUCUUCCUUUUAAUUACGUGCAGUAUUAGUUGUGAACAAUGUCAUUGUCUAGGAAUGUGACUUUUUUAUCAUUUGAGGGAGAGGGGUUAAUGUUGAGGGUUUAUUUAUUGUUAUUAAUUAGAAUGUGGACAAAUUUGAACAAGAUUGCUUUAAUAAAUUCGACCAAAUUAGAAAA